AUGCGGCGAUAUGUGUUCGAAGCAGCAACGCCUGGACAACGCUUGGCCCGAACGACGGUGUAUUACAACGACCUGAGCCUAAGGAAGAGUCGACCGAGGUUGCUACAAGGAUUGGACCAGCUGGCUGCGCGUACAGCUGAGCCCGCGGUAGUGCAGGAGCAGCUUGACGAUCUGAGCAGUCUGGAGCGGGACACUCAAGAGGCGAGCGACUCUUUCUGGAUGCUGGGUUCUGGCUACAGUAUACUCAAGCGAGAGGUCGAAGAGGCAGUUCGAAGCUUCCACGAAUUGGUGCGGAAGUCCGAUCGGCAGAGGAAAGCAUUCCUUACGAGCAUGCCGAACGAGAUUCUAGACCGCGUUUUCAGCUGCUUGUUCGAUAUCGAGUCAACCAGCGAGAGCGGAACGCCUCACCUCCAUCGAAUCCAUGAGCUCCCUGCACUUCUUGUCUGUGGAAGGUUCUUGCAAGUUGGCCUCCGGAGCCUCCUCAACACCGUCGAGUUCCGGUUCAUCAGCUCGGAAUACGACCAUGUCUUCUACGCAGAUUGUAACCAGUUGCCAUGGCCGAUGACGCCGACGCUCCCUGCAAGGACUCAUCUCAUCGCCAGACCGCGUCCGUUCAUAUCAAAGUUCGACCAAACCGGCGGCGUCCUAUCGUUGGAGUCUCUCAUCCGAUCACCAAUCGUGUUUUUCCCAAACACCCUGUUCCUCAUCACGAACCUGCGCAUUGACAUUGAGAUCCCGACCAUCAAUAUGAAGUCACGAUCCUCGAUCAAUCCCACCGGCGUCAACGUACCAUGGGAAGCCCGCCGCAUCUCACACCCGCACUGGUUUGACGAUUCCCGUCCAGAGAUGUUGGCCUGGCUCCCUGCUGAGAUCACCGUCGAGAAAGCGGACUACCACAUGGGUGUGUUGAGAGACCUUCCGUUUGAGAAUCUUCACUCUCUGAAGCUCGGCUUCGGACGCUCUCUCCAUACCACGGACAGGCAGAACAACGUCUUUAUGGCCAUUUGGAUUGGCGAAUAUGUGCAGUUGAUAGAUCUUAAGAGCCGGGCCCGGACAGUCGCGUUUCCUAGUGAGCUGCCGAUGAUAACACGCAUCCUUGAAGCUGAGGUCUAUGGUGGCUUUGAGGGUGAAGUUGAUGGUGUACAUAUCUUCAAACGGAGGGAAGGGGAAAUGCGUAGAAUCGUCGUUGAAGAUCUUUGA